AACAGAAAAGGUACAGGUUAUCAUGGAAUGUGGUGAGACCUUGAGGUAAGUCUUGUUGGCACAAGUACUAUGAGAAUUCAAAGUGUGAGACAAAUGAUUUAGCACCUCGAAAUGAUGAAAACGAUUAAGUGUGUUUAAUUCUGACAGUCAAGCACAGCUCUUUACAUUUUCAUUCAUACAUGCUCCCUGUUUUGUGAUAUAAUGCAUGAUUCCUCUUAAAUUAUUAUUUGAUCUCCCAAGUACACAGUUUAAAAAAAAAUUGUACUUAAUUCUCAAGGUUGUAACCUACUACAUGAAGGUAGUGAAGCGUCAAGGUCAGUUUAAAUACACAUAUUACAGUUAAUUGCAUCUGUUAGAAUGUGUGUUGUAGAACAUUUCAUAUGCUGUAAACCACGACUGUAAAGGAUGUUUAAUUUGCUCGUGCAUUUGGUAGUGACAGGCUCCUCUAGGACCCCUGUGGUCUUGGUACUGUUAUCCCAUCCAGAAGAGAAAUUGUAAACUCCCCUGAUGCCUGAGAAGUACCCCAGACCACUGUGCCAGCUCGGUUAGAAGUGAUGUUUACGGCAGAUUCGUUUUUUAGAAACACCGAAGUCUCCUGCUUCCACCGUGGUCACUGCGCAGUGUCACCUCCUCUGCUGGUACUCUCUUGCAAUGCUCCCUGCGAGUCUCCUGCUUUGCUCUUGCCCCUUCUCCCUCUCCUGUUCCCCAACCCUGUUGUCUUUUGUUCUGUGAUACACAAACUCUCUUCUGUCUUCUGCCUCCAUGAAAGCCUUCUACCUGAGCACCUGUAAGGAAGCCCAGCUCUCUCUCACGUGUUCUGCUUUGCCAGCUGCCUCUAAGUCUGGGUGUAAAUUCAUUCUUGAUUCAAACAGGAAGUGGGGUUCAGGUCAGCAGUCUUCUAGUUUCCUGUGCUUCCUGCCUCUCAUUACCCCUUCACUUUUUAAGUAAAAAUAGCUAGCUGCUCCUUCAAGACAGUCAGUUAGUUGUUCCACUUAUUUAUUUAGCAAAUAUUGAUUGAGCACUGACCUCGUGCUAGGUUCUGUGACCUGCAGCAUGAGGAAUCAGUCCCUGUCCUCAUGGCAUCUGUAGUCUGGAGAUGACAUUAAACAAAUAAUCGUGGUGCCGUUAAGGCAAAUAACAGAAUGUCAGAGAUGACUCUGCUGGGGUGAAACUAGGUAAUUAGGAACAGUGAAGAGAUGGGGUUGUGGGGAGAACAUUUCAGGCAGGAAGAAGAGCAUGUGCUAAGGUCCUGUGGUUAGUAAGAGCACUGUGCCAAUGAAGCGGAGGGGCUGUCAGUCACGGCUAGAGCAGAGAAUUAGCUGGGCCUGGUAGGGAAUGAGGCUGCAGGGAAUGUGGAGCCAGACCACAUGCAAUUUUGCAGUGUAUGAUUAGGAUUUGGUCUUUGUCUUGAGAGCUGUGAGAGGCCACCUGUUGGUUUAAGCAGGGGAAUGAAGUGAUCCUAUUUGUGUUCUGAAAAUAUCUCUCUGGCUUUAGUGUGGAAAGUGGAUCAGUGGGUAACAAGGCAGUCGUGGAGACCAGCAAGCAGAGGGACCGCUGUGGUUGGAUUAUGGCGUUGGCCACGGGAGGUGGAGAGAAGGGGCGUCGAGGAGAGGGAUUAAGUGAGUAGAUGAACAGUGUGGAACAUGGGGGCCACGGGUCCCAAGAAAUCAUCUGUGCAACUGGUGACUGGCGAUGCCACUCCGUGAGCAAAAGAACACUGGGAAAGAGCAGUAUCUUGGGUUGAAACCAGCAUUUCAGGCGCCUCUGGCUUGUCUAGCCAUACGGGUUACGAGGGCUCACUUCCGGCGACCCCGGCUCUAAGCCCGCCUCAGACACGCACGGCGACGCCACGUCCGGGACCGGGAUCUGAACCGAAGCCCUCUCGUGUCUUGAAGGGAUAUUUACUGAGAACCUGUCAGGCACCAGGCAGAUCGAAUGGCCCAGUGAUGAUGAUAGCUUCUUCACGUAUGAUUGCAGUUCUGCAGAAAAGAAGUCACAAGAAAAUAAAGGGGAGGACAGACGGCCAGUGGAUAAGGGGAGUGACACGAUUCUGGCGUCCGCCUUCUCCACGUCUGGCAGCUACUUUGCUUUGACUGAUGACAGACUGUGGUGAGGCGGUGCACAGCCCUGACGUUCACAGCCUCAGAGGAGAAGGUUUUGGUGGCCGACAAGUCUGGGGACGUGUACUCCUUUCCAGUGCUGGAGCCACACGGAUGCGGCAGACUUGAACUUGGGCAUCUGUCGAUGUUGCUGGAUGUGGCCGUGAGCCCCGAUGACCGCUACAUCCUCACCGCCGACCGGGACGAGAAGAUCCGGGUGAGCUGGGCCAUGGCGCCACACAGCAUCGCGUCCUUCUGCCUGGGGCACACGGAGUUCGUGAGCCGCAUCUUCGUGGUACCCGACCACCCCCAGCUGCUUCUGUCCGCUUCCGGGGACUGCACCCUGAGGCUCUGGGAGUACAGACACGGCCGAGAGCUGCACUGCUGUCACCUGACCAGCCUGCAGGAGCCGGCAGAGCCCUGGGGCGACAAGAGGUUCGCCGUGUCCAGGAUCGCCUACUGGGGCCGGGAGAGCUGUGUGGCGCUGCUUUGCGACAGCAUUCCUGUGGUCUACAUCUUCCGGCUCGACGCCCCCCGGCAGCAGCUGGUCUACAGACAGCGGCUGUCCUUCCAGCAGCGCGUGUGGGACGUCGCUUUCGAGGAGCGCCGGGGGCUGUGGGUGCUGCGGCAGUGCCGAGAAGCUCCCCUCGUGCUGUGCAGGCCCGUGGACGGCCAUUGGCAGCCUGUCCCUGAAGACGCCGUGGCGGCGAAGGUCUGUGCUCGCCUCCGUGGGGACGGGGCCAUGCUGGAAGGCUCUGCUGGGGUGGGUGACGGCUUCAGCGGCCUCUACAAGGCCACCUUCGACAACGUGGCCGCUUACCUGGAGAAGAAGGAGGAGCGGCUGCAGCAGCAGCUGCACAAGAAGCGACGCCAGAACCCGGCCCCUGAGCCCGGCGGGCAGGCCACGCGGGUGAGGUCCGGGGACGCGGCGGCCCGGAGCUGCUUGUCCUAGCCGUGGGGACCGCCCUCCCAGCUUCGAAGGCCACCGCGGCCCCCUGCAGGAAGAAAGAGGGGGACGUCGUUGCCCACUGCCACUCUGUGGCUGUGAGGUCCGUACUGGCCCGGCGGACCCCUGGGGCUUCCCAGUAACUGGACGGAAUCCUGGGCUCCGGAACGUUCUGUCGCUGAGCUGCGGCUCUUGCGCAGGUGUCUGGGCAUCAGCUUCACAGGGGGUGCCUUGGGGGGAGCUUGCUCCUCGUGCUGGAGGAGACGCCGGCCCCCGUGCGUGCGGGUGUCCGUGCUCCUCCUCGUCCCGGAUGCCACCACCCGCCUGGCCGCUUCCCUUCAGGGACAUCAUGAGCAGACGCCUUUACGCCAGCACGAUAGGUAUUUUCAUUUGGUUCCCGUCGUCCUUCGGCCAUGGAGACCUAAGCAGAGUCAAGUGCUCAGUGCCUCUUCCUCCCUGAGCCCUGCGUGUGCUCUGUCCCAUGCGGUGACGGGCUCCGCUCGGGAGGCACAGCUGCGGGCGACAGCAGACAGCGCUGGCCAACAGGGGCCGUGUCUCAGGCUGCGCAAGGGCCCAGCAGCCAGGCCGGAACUUGGUAUGGGGACACGGUUGGUGAUGUUGGCGUGUUUGUUAUUUCCACUUGAACUCUGUGCACACAUCGCCAAGGGCACGGGUGUCAGCCAGGGUCCAGUCAAGACGCGUUUCCGCGGCUUCUGGAAGUUUAGCAGCAGCUCGCGGGACUGUUUCAGAGCGCACUGCGCACAGCCGUCUUGACCAGUGCGCUCUGUGACGGAAGUGCUCAUUGAUUUGGUGUAGGGUUUCGUGGGGUACUUGGCAACAAAUCGUUUUGUGUAUCAAAAGCCAGAAUGCUUUAGUUUUUUCCCAAGUGCCUUGUUCUAAACAUGGAUCUGAAAGCUGCCGUCUGUGCUCAGGGGACGGCCCGAGCUGCGGGUCGGGUGGGCAGGGCUGGUUCAAGGGCAGAGGGGAGGCGGGGGAGGGGGGAUCCUGCUGCAGGAGGAGCCUGACCGUGUCGGCGCCGCACUGGUGUUCUCAUCGGUAAUCUACUUUCAAAUUUUCGGUUUUAGGAGAAAUUCACGUUUGGUCUCGUUGGUGUCUUGGCUUGAGAUGGGUCAGCAAACUGGCCUGCAGGCCAAAUCUCGCCAGAUCCUGUGAGUCCAGAGUGGUUUUUGCAGUAUUCAGUGGUCAAAAAAAAUGGAAAGAGAAAUAAUGCUUUACGAUACGUGAAAAUCACGCGCAGUUCACAUUCCGGUGUCCAUGAAUGAAAUUCUGUGCAUUCCGGUCUGUGGGCUGCAUCCUGUGCUGCAGCCUCCGAGCCAGGCAGCUGGGUGGGAGAUGCAAGGCCUGCAGCGCCUGAGAUGGGUGUCACCUAGUCUUUUACAAAAGUUGUCAACCCCUCUUUAAGAUCUCUUAAAUUCAUGUAGUUUUUAAAAUGAACUGGUUCAUCUAUUUGGAAAAAAAAUGAAACGGUUAACUCUCUUCUUCCUGUAUUCAUGUGGACCUCCCCCCAAAUACCCACUCCUCCCUGUGGGGGGCGGGACAGCUGUCAGUCCUGCUGGUGGGGCCCUGGCCCAGCUUGGGAGGGAGACUGGGGCAGGGCGGGGGCUGUCUGGGCCCUCGUGCUCCUGAUCAGGAGGCUCACGCCUACCUGGCAGCACAGGUGGAGCCCAGGCCAGCGGACAGGAGGCAGGAGCAGAGAGUGGAGUCUGCGGGGACCACGGUCACCUGUCAUUCCAGUGGGUGCUUUUGAGUUAUUUUCAAUCUUACCAAGGUCAGAUCUGCACAGGACACAGACCAGUUUCUAUUGAAUGGCUGGUCGUGACAAUGACCCACUCUGCCCCUUGCUCCCACACCCCCAUUCCUUCUCCCCAGGGGGGCGAGUCUCCAUCUGCCUACUCAAAUGCGUUUGUUCCCCUUCUGCCCCAGGACACUGAAGGGGGGGUCCCAGUGGGUGUGCAGGAGAGCCUGGCAGGCGUGGAGGGCGGGGAGAGGGGUAUAGAGCCCCUCUGCCGGGGUGUCCUUCCUGCUGGGCUGCAUCUCACAUGGCUGCCGCCUCCUGGGUCUCUGGCUCCCCAGCCCCACAAGGAUAAUGGCUUCCUCGGUUCUGAAACCCCGUCCACGCCCCUGAGGUCAGUCCUUCUCUGCAAGCCCUGACAAAUCUGGUGUGAUGUGAGCUGGAUCCUUGGGGGCACUGUGACUGAAAAACUGGUCCCUACAUGUCCCUGGUCGUCCCAGAAAUUUGCAGUUAGUCUGAACCCAGGCCCACGACGACUCAGUUAUUUAAAGGGUUUUAUAUCUUUUGAGGCUUCUCCCCACUUCCUUCUGUGACUUGGGCUUGUCGAGAAGGCGGGGUCCACUGCCAUCUCUGGACCCGCAGAGCGGUUUCCUGACUCGUCCGCUAGUGGAGGUGCCAAGGGCUUGGUGUUCUUACGCACACCCCUAAUUUUUCUCCUAUUUUCCCUUCUCUUUCGGUUUCUAUAUGUUUUACUUUGGAGAAGAUUCCGUGGGCUUUGUUCUAACUCGUUUAUUGACUUUUAGACAUCCGGUUAUGGUGUUUCUUAAUUCUAGGCGUUCUAGUUCUCGUCCCACUCUGAUUCAAGGUCAGGAUACGCCGGAGAGCGCACUGGAAUGCGCAGACUGAAAUUUCGCCACGUGCGUGACAGUCCCCACCAGAAAGAGGACAUUUACCAAGUUCCUCCGGGUCAUUCACACCCCCUCCGCCGUGGAGGCCCGGCCGGCUGGACACAUCCUCCUGCCUCCUGCGCCUCAGGCCUCUGGCUCCGCUUUCUGGGUGCGAGUUGUCAUGCCGUCCCGGUGGCAGUGGCGGUCCGUCGCUCGUUUUCCUGGCUCCACAGCGCUCCCUCCCGCGGAAGCACCGCAGCGCACCGGGCCUGCCGUCCGCGGGCGUCCGCGCCCUGCCUUUCGGGCACAGGCCAGCAUUUCAGUUGUGUGUGUCCUCGGCAGCGGAAGUGCUGGCUCUAGUCACGUUUAACUCGGACGGCGCUCCUAGCCUUGAUUAUUCUCGCCCCGCCACACAGCGUGAAAUUCGUGCGCUCGUGCUCGGCAUCUGACGUUGUGAUAAUGCUCAACUUUGCAAAGGUGCAAACUUGGAGAAGCGGGCUGGCGUGUGGGAGCCAGUGAGACUGUGCAGCCCGGCGUCCAGACUUAAACUUCAUCUUGUUCUUGGCAAGGUCACCUUAAAAACAGCGUGGGUCACCCACCCUGGGGGAUGCCAGCCACAAGGUCAUGAGGCCACUCAAAGAACUGAGGCCUCCUGCCAACAGCCAGAGACUGACCACUGGACCGAGCUGCCUGGAAUUGCUGAUGCGAACAUCGACUGUCCUAGAUUCUUUCCCACGGCACCCUGUGUCUGAACCCUGUCUGCUGACGUGUGUUUUUCCUUCUAAUUUCCCUUGUGAUAUCUUUGAUCUCUGGGUUAUUUGGAAGUGCGGUUUAAUUUCCUGACAUCUGUUUUUUUCCUUCAGAUUUUUUUCGUUAUUUCUGGUUUUAAUUCCAUCAUGGUCUCAGAAUAUACAUUGAUUUCAUUUCUUUGAGAUUUAUCGAGCUUUGUGUUAUGCUCCAUGUACAUGGGGGUUACAUCACGUGCCCUUGAAAAGAGUGUGUGUUCUCAGUUGGCUGGAGCAGUGUCUGCGCACGUGGAUGAGGUCAAGCCUUGGCGACUGUCAGCUUGACCACUGCCAUCUUCCCGAUUUUCGUGUGCUUCCAUCAGUUACUGAAAACAGUACUUAAACGUCUAACUAUAAUUGUGGAUUUGUCUAAUUUUUCAUCAUCCUAGUGCUUUUGCUUCAUGGGCGUAAGAAUUCCAGGAUUAGGUACGCACACACUAAGGAGUGUUGUCACCUCGAGGAGCGACCUCUUCAAGGUCAUGGACAGCCCUUCCUCCCGGUUCCACUCUUUGUCCUGAAGUUCAGAUCCCCAGGUGUUAACGUAGCCAUGCCAACCUCCUUUCAAUUAUUAGUACAGAAUUUCCUUUUUCAUCUUUUUUAACAUGUUUAAAUUUAUAUUUAAAUUGGGUUUUUUUUGGUAGACAAUAUGCCUUUUUUUUUAAUCCCCCAAGUAUUGAAUUUCAGUGGAAAUAUAACCUGAGCCACAUAUGUAAUUGAAAGUGUUCCAGUAGUCACUUUGAAAAGCUUUUUAAAAGCAGACGGAAUAAAUUUUGAGAAUAUAAUUCAUUUAACCCAAUACAGCAAAAAAUAGUAUUUCAAUCUAUAAUUUACAUAAAAUUAUUCAUGAGCUAUUUUACGUUCUGUUUCUAACCCUAACUGUUUGCAGGUUUGUCUUGUCUGUGCAGCUCCCUCUCGUCAGGCUCUGUGACAACUCCGAGCGGCCUUGGCCUUUGUGUCCCAGUGUCCGAGUCACCUCAGGGGUCCCGAGCCGCGUUUGGCCAUGUCCUCCCCGACCUUCAGUCAUUCCAGGCACAGGUCCUCGAGGGUGCCGUCUGCCUUGUUAGGGACCACUGACCUGUGCUGCCGACUCUCCAGUGGGUUUGGGUGGGAGGGGCUUCUGGGCCAUCGUCCCCCGUGGCUGGAAGCACAAGUCCUUGGGUUUGCGACUGUCUUGUGGGAGGGGAGCGAGGGCGCCUCCCAUUUGAAUGUCAAGUCUCUUUUGCCCAGUUGCUCCUCAGUAUUUUUUUCCGUUUAGGUAGGCUGGUGAUCUUUCUAGCCCUUUAUCUGUUAUGUGCAUUGCACAUUUUUCCUGUUUGACUCUUGGCAUUUUAAAUGUUUAAUACAGACUUUGUCAGGUCUGUCAUUUUCUUGUUGAUGAUUUCCGGGUAUCCUAUUAUAUUCAGAAAGGUUUUUUUCUCACUCUCUCCACCUUUGAAACAGUCUUUACGAAGAGGAGACAGGUGUGGGACUGAGGGGAGAAGCAGGACACCUGGCCGGGGUGGCCACAGAGGGCCAUGGGGGGCCGACGUGGGAGACUGGUUCUUUCCCCCACGCCUGGAAGCAGAGGGUGCUCUGGGACUCACAGUGGGAUUUAUUCAUUUUUGAAGCAGAAAAUUACAAGCCCUACAUUUGGUAUUAUGUUCCAUUGGUUCCAAUUUCAUGACAAAGAAAUAGACACGAAAAGCAGAAUAAUAAAGCUGUUUUCAUGGUU